AUGGCGCAACCAGCGCAACCCUACGACUUCAUCGCGAAGAUAUGCUCUCUGGGUGACAGUGGUAGCGGCAAAUCAAGUCUGACGAUACGCCUCUGUGAAGGUCGCUUCGUCUCCCACCACGACGUAACCAUCGGCGUCGAGUUCGGUUCGCGAAUAGUCCCAGUCGGUCCACCAGCGAGUCUCGAGUACAACAUCAACAACCCAGCAGCCGCCCCAUCGAAACCAGCGCCAGCAACGAAAAGCCCGAACGAUGCAAAAGGCAAGAAAGGCCAACCGCCCCCCGAGCCGGAACAGAAGCACAUGAAGCUGAGCUUAUGGGACACUGCGGGACAAGAGACAUACAAGUCGAUAACACGGAGCUACUUCAGAGGUGCUAGCGGCGCUCUACUAGUCUUCGACAUCACCCGCCGCCAGACCUUCGCCUCCGUAACAUCAUGGCUUCACGACCUACGCCAAAUAGCAGAAGACGACAUCGUCGUAGUCUUGGUCGGGAACAAAUGCGACCUCGCUUCAUCCUCCACCCUCUCGGACGAACCCAAUCGACGGCAGGUAACACGAGAGGAAGCGGAGGAGUGGUGUAAGCAGAAUAAGGUGAUGCAGUAUGUUGAGACGAGUGCAAAGUCGGGGGAGAAUGUGGAGAGGGCGUUUCUGGAGGUGGCAGAGAGGAUAUAUCAGAAUAUCGAGGCGGGGAAGUAUGAUUUGAAUGAUCGGAGGAGUGGUGUAAAGGGACCUGGGGCGGGAGGUGGGAAGAGUAGUGGUGUGCAGCUGGUGAAGAGUGAUAAGAAUGUUGCGAAGAAGGCGGGUAUUGCUGGUGGGUGCUGUUGA